CGAGAGAAGGCCAGCCUGAAAAGGUCCAGUGCGUCACCUCUCUCCCUCUCUUUCCUUGUGUCUUCCUCUCAAUUUUAUCAAAUCUCGCAAUUUCCACAAGAUAACUUGACCGGAAGCUGUUUCGCUCCGUCUAUGGGUUGCCGGAGAGCUUCACCGGCUGCGAUGACUAGUCCAUGGGCUUUUACUUCUCUAACGGCUGUAUUUCUGCUACUUAACUCAUUAGUAACUCUGGUUUCUGCUCAAGGAUCUACUAGUCGCUGGCAGACACUUAGCGGAAAGCCACCUUUAGUUGUCGCACGUGGAGGUUUUUCAGGGUUAUUUCCAGAUUCAAGCGCAUUUGCUUAUCAGUUGGCAUUGCAAACCAGUGUACCCGAUGUAAUUCUAUGGUGUGAUGUGCAGUUAACCAAAGAUGGAGUGGGGAUUUGUGCUCCUGAUCUCAGGCUGGAAAAUUCUACCGACAUUGCACAAGUUUUCAAAAAUAAGGACAAGACCUACCUAGUUAAUGGUGUCCCUUAUCAAGGAUGGUUUACCGUGGAUUUCACUUUCAAUGACUUAGUAUCAUCUGUCAUUUAUACCCAGGGUGUUUAUUCUCGAACUCCCAGGUUUGAUGGCAAUUUGUUUCCAAUUCAGACUGUGGAAAAUGUGACUGCACUAAAACCACCGGGCAUGUGGUUGAAUGUUCAGCAUGAUGCCUUCUUCAUGCAACACAAUUUGAGCAUGAGAAGUUAUGUACUUGCAUUAUCUAGAAAAGUGGUUGUCAAUUAUAUCUCUUCACCAGAGCUGGGUUUCUUGAGAAGUAUUGCUGCAAGAGUGAACCCUAAAAUAACAAAACUGGUCUUCCGAUUCCUGGGACCUGAUGAUUUUGAGCCUUCAACUAACCAGACUUACAGUUCUCUGUUGAAGAAUUUGACAUUUAUCAAGACAUUUGCAUCUGGAAUUCUUAUCCCUAAAGGUUACAUAUGGCCUGUUGACACAAAUCUUUACUUGCUACCUCAUACUUCUGUUGUCUUGGAUGCACACAAGGCAGGGCUAGAAGUUUUUGCAUCGGAAUUUUACAAUGAUGUCCCAUUUAGUUUCAACUACAGUUAUAAUCCAGUAACUGAAUAUUUAUAUUUCAUCAAUAAUGGUGACUUCUCUGUUGAUGGUGUGCUAUCUGACUUCCCAAUAACUCCAUCAGCAGCAAUAGAUUGCUUUUCUCAUAUAGGCAAAAAUGCUUCAGAACGAGCAAAAGUUUUGGUCAUCUCAAAGAAUGGUGCAAGUGGAGAUUACCCCGGCUGUACUGACAAGGCAUACCAGAAAGCUAUUUCAGAUGGUGCAGAUUUUAUUGAUUGUCCUGUUCAAAUGUCUAAGGAUGGAGUACCAUUUUGCUUAGGCUCCAUAAAUCUUAUUGACAGUACAACAGUUGUUCAGUCAAACUAUAGCAACCUUGUAGAAACAAUUCCAGAGCUCAAUAAAGGCAGUGGAAUAUUUACCUUUAGCUUGACAUGGAGUCAGAUUCAGGGUUUGACUUCGGCAAUAGCUAACCCCUAUACUAAAUAUGUUAUGUUCCGGAAUCCAAAGUUCAGAAAUGAUGGGAAGAUCUUAAGCUUGUCUGAUUUCUUGGCCUUGGCAAAGAACACUAGCUCUCUUUCUGGUGUCUUAAUAAGUAUUGAGAAUGCACCCUAUCUGAUAGAGAAGCAGCAAUUGCCUGUAAUUGAUGCAGUACUUGAUGCUUUGAGCAAAUCUGGUUAUGAGAAGCAGGAAGUUAUGAUUCAGUCCACAAAUAGUUCUGUUCUGAUGAAGUUUAAGGACAAAAAUAACUACAAGCUUGUUUACAAGGUAGAUGAGAAUAUUCGAGAUGCUCUUGAUGCAACCAUUGAAGACAUCAAGAAAUUUGCUCAUUCUGUGGUCAUUAGCAAGAGUUCUGUCUUUCCUGAGAAUUCACUAUUCCUCACUGGUGUUACGGAUGUUGUGCCAAAGCUAAACUCUGCUGGGCUCCCUGUUUAUGUAGAGACCUUCAGCAAUGAAUUUGUAUCUCAAGCAUGGGACUUCUUCUCGGAUGCAAAUGUGGAGGUUAACUCUUUUGUCAUGGGUGCCAACAUUAGUGGUGUUAUCACAGACUUUCCUCUAACAUCAGCUAGAUACAGAAAGAACCAUUGUUUAAAUUUAGGCGAGAACACGCCUCCAUACAUGAGGCCUGCUAAGCCAGGCGCUCUUCUGGAACUAAUUACACCAGGCGACUUGCCACCAGCUGAGGCUCCCGACCCAGUGCUAACAGAGAGUGAUGUGGCAGAGCCACCUUUGCCCCCGGUUGGUGCCCGAGUUCCACCUCCCAGCCCAGAUGAUGGAACUAAAGGAGCAUUGGCUCCAACACCACCAAAUAGACAGCCUAGGAUAGCUGCGUGCCUCUUCCUAACAAAUCUGGCUAUUCUCGUCACUGGUUUCAUGUUGCUUUGAAAUGGAGAAAUUGUUCACUCUGCUCAAGAUCAUCAUUACUAUUUCCAGUGCGAGUCUUAUAGGAUCAACUGGCUUGGAGCUUUCUGCUGCAUAAUGGGUCGCUAUAGAUGCUUUUUCUCCCCCUUCUUUUUGGGUAUUUACUGAAGAGCGGUGAUUUUUUAUUUAUUUAUUUUUUAUUUUGCUUGAUUGCUGUAGGAGCGUUCAUUCUUCGCCUUGUAAUACGAGAGAAAAAAAAACGUUCUUAAAAGUGCAUGUCAACCCACAAUUCUUUACUUGUGUAAGACAGGAUAUAUUCUUUGGUGUGUA